UUUUAGCCUUACUGGACGCUUCGCCACUGAUACUUGGCCAUUGCGCAAAUAUAGAGUUCCUGUGCUACAGCGCAUUAAAUAUCAGAGACGUCCUUUGUCGGUAUGUUGUGCCAGUGCCCGAAAGUCCGAUACGGAUGUAUAAAAAUUUAACCAAAGUGAGUCGUAAGGCCUGCUGCGGGAAAAGUGAUGUGAUCACUUUCGUAAAUUUCGGGAAAUCCGGGGCUUCCCUGUAAAAGGUUUUCACGUAAUUUGCAGACUUAACGCACGAGUGUACCGGAACAAAAUUUUGAUAAAGUGGCUUGUAACAUUGUGUCCACUGCAAGCAGCAGAGGUACUAAAAUCAGAUUUUAGCAUAUGAUAGAAAACGGUACCUUGAACGCAUCGAAAAUAUUGGUAAUAUUAAACUACUGUUGAACGAGUGGCAAAGUAACCUGCAAAUUAGUUGCAGAAACAUCGUUAUGCACUACGCUGGUGCAGAAAGUCUAACAGCUGAGUAGCGUUGCUGUAACCCUGUGUUGUGGUUGGAUUAUGAAAGAUUUGGUUCCGCGAACUAGGCUUCUUGGGAUCAAUCUGUGUAACAUACGUCGAGGGAGCAAUGGACGACAGAAGAGAGAAUGGAACAGUCCAGCGCAAAAAGAAACUGAGUCUUCGGGGCAACAAACUUAGAAAGAAACUUUCUAGUUAUUCAGAGGAUACGUCCCCGUCUUCGUCUUCGUCUUCGACUGAUGAAACGAGCACUUCACUGAGCAGCUGCGAUACGAGCGGCUGCAGCGCAUCAGACACCAGCAGCUGCAGUACAUCAGACACCAGCUACUCCAGCGAAGACAGCUCCACUUCAAACUCCAGCACUACUUCCAGCGGCGGCUCAUCCUCCAGUAGCUCCGCCAUAAGUUCCACUGAAGACAGUACUUCAGCUGCUUCCAGUUCCUCCAUCCAAGACGCCAACAUGGAAUCGUUAUCGAGCGAAGAUUCUUCAGCCCAGAUACUGGCUGACAAAACUGCUAAGUUGCGUGUUUGGACGUCAACAGAUUCUGAUGAAGGUGAGGACUAAAAGAAAGGAAUUGGAUCUACUGCAGUGCAGCAUUUCAUGGUGCUGUUUACUGAAUCCACAAAACCUGUUCAAAUUUCUACUGAGAUCAAAAUUGGAUGUAAAAAUGUUCUCACUUCUUCAAAUAGUUUCGUAGUAGUCUUUAGAUUUAUAGUCCACUCUUUCAUAUAUAAGCUAUCUAUAGAUUUUAGUUUUCUUGCUGACACUCCAAAUUUUAGUAUAAAUCCUGAUGUUAAAACGACUCUUUCGUAUUAGGGGAAGGUUGAGUGUUAAUAAGUGCCUGGGAAAAAUUAAUAUUUUAAAGGAAAACAAUAUCUUGGUUUGUGGAGACAAAAAUAGUUUUGCAAAUGUAAUUUUCUGUUAAUAUACCAUUUGUGUAUGUGGACACGCACACACAAUGUUAAUCAAGUAUUGGAUUUGGGAUUUAUAACUUGAAACAGUUUCUACUUGUAACUUAAAUCUUAUGGCAAAGAUACAGAAAGCAAUAAACUAAUGAAUCAAUUUGUUUCCUUUCACUGAUGCAGAUAAGUCAGAGGGAUAAAAAGUUAGGACAGCAUAUGCUAUGUAUUUCAAAAAUGUCUAACACAGGUCAGGUCAGCUAUAACUUAGUUCCUAGUGCAAAGAGAACACAUUUAUAGAGAUGGAAGUAAUUGAUUAGUGUAAACAACUGCACAUGCUGGUAGCAGAUUACAACAAAAGGGACACCAUUUUGAAAAUUUAAUCUCUUGAAAAAACGUUAAGUAUGGGGGUGUUCGUUACAAAGCUUCCUCCAGCAGAGGAAAUUAGUGUAAAAUAUUUAUUGAACUGAGUAGUCAAACAGUGAAGAGACAUUGUAGAUGCAUUCUCAUACUAAAUGUCUAGUAAAAGGCACUUCAGACCUUUGUGAAUGGAUGUGUGAAAUUUCUAUGUGAAAAACCUGGAAGUGAAAACUAUUGUGGUUAAAUAUAUGGUUUGAACAUAAAUUACUAAUAUUUCACAUACGCACAACUGUCCAUAUUAAAAUUUGAGUUAGUGAUGCAAGUGAAAUUAGCAGUGUGAUGAGUCAUGCAUUUCUUCUAGUAAAUUUAAAUAGAUCAGAAAUGUUCAGAACUGCUAGCAACAAAUGCAGGUCAUAAAUUUCCUAGUGCUAGAGGCUGACGUGAGAUAAUGUCCAAUCUAGUGCUGCAUACU